GCUGCCGGUCGAUCACGACGAUUAUCUGUCACGUCCGUUCCCAGAUUCAGAAGUAAACACGGCCGCGAGAGUCAUGGAAACUGGCGGCGCACGGCGGCAUUUACACGUACUACUCUCGGGUCCACCAGGCAUAGGUAAAACCACGAUUUGCAAAAAAAUCGCAUCUAUACUACAAGAAAUGGGCAGCAGAUUUGAUGGAUUUUAUACGGAGGAAGUGCGAAAUAAAAACGGCUCCAGGAUUGGCUUCGACAUUGUGGGAAUAAAGGAUCCUGAAAGAAGAUUAUCCUUGGCACGAAGAAUAACAAAGGCUCAAGAGGCUUCUGAAUAUAAAGUAGGAACCUACCACGUUUUCGUAAAUAAUUUCGAGACUGUGGCGCUUCCAAUAUUGGAUUUGAACUUGGAGACUGAUAUAUUACUUGUCGAUGAAAUCGGCAAAAUGGAGUUAUUUAGCAGAAACUUCAAGAAGAAAAUAACAGACAUAUUUUUUAAUUCUUCUAAUAAAGCUUUUGUGAUCGGGACUAUUCCGCAGUUGAACAAAGUGCCGCCGCAACACGUGGAAUUGUUCGAGAAGUUACACUCAGACAUGAGAAUCAAGAUUCUAAAUGUGACCUCUAAAAAUCGGAAUGACUUGCCGGAGGAAAUUAUUCGUUAUUUAUAAUAAUGUAUAAAUUUAUAUCGAAAAACGCAUUCAUCAUUUAUCGGUCGCAUAAAAUAAAAUAUCAAUUUAUAUACAUCAUAAACAUCAUUUAUUAACAAAAAACAAAAUAUUAGAUCAAAGAAGUCCUUCCAAUCACAAUAGAUAUUUGUAAAAAAAUUGUCACAAAUAACGUGACAAUAGUGAUUGGCUGGAAGAUUGUACUACAUAAUUAUGCUAGUUUUUUUUCUUGCUAUGCAUUGAUGUAUUCUCUCAUAAUAAUUACUAUAUUUCAUUGAAACUCCACCAUUGGUCGUUAAAGAAUCAAUUAAAAGUUUAAGACUCAGCGCUUCAUAUAAAUAAUAGAUUAUACAAUUAAAAUUCUUCACACGGAAAUAUUUUCGAGAUCAAAAUUCUUUGUUCUUUUCAUAUUUACGCGUACGUAGGUAUCUUUAACGAGCAAGGUGGCGAUAGAUUGAGGGUACAAAAUAGAAACGUUCUCUUCGCGCCAUUUUAUUACAAACGAACACAAAUCGCUAGUAUUUGAUGAGUCGUGUGCUUUCUUAUCAUAGAUAAGAAACUGAUAGAUUUGUUUGCUUAUUAUAAAAAUAAGCAAACCAUUCUCGCUUUUGUACCCAUCAAUAUUAUAUGCAAUUCACAUGCAUAUAUUUUAUAAUAUAGGAAAUUCAUUGUGAUCUCCUAAAAAGAAUAUAAUUAUUGUUGGG